GCCCAGAGAUCCAGGAUUCCAGGAGGCUUUUAUUGGUUGAAUGCAGUGGGAGGAUCACACCUGGAAGGAGGGACGGAGGUCCUACUCAUGGCAGUACCUGAAGCAGGAAAGCCUGGACAAGAAGAGGAAGGAGUUUGACACCAAUGGCUGGGCCCUGCUGAGCAAGAAGAGCCAGGAGAUCCCCCAGCAGAUGAACGGCAGCGACUGCGGGAUGUUCGCCUGCAAAUACGCCGACUGCAUCACCAAAGACAAACCCAUCAACUUCACCCAGCAACACAUGCCCUACUUCAGGAAGAGGAUGGCCUGGGAGAUCCUGCACAGGAAACUCUUAUGAUGCCAGCGGGGAGAACCACGGGAUGGGAUCCGAAGUGCCCGGAUUUGCCCUGGAGAAGCAGCUCCAGCCCCUUCCUGGGGGGGCUCCAGGACGACGCAGGGGAACCAAACCCCGGCUCCUGUCCCUGCUCCAAGGGCACAGGAAUGUUUGGAAGCACACUUGGGGGGGGUUUUUUUGGGGAGUUGUUUCUUUUUUUUCCUUUUUUUUUUUUUUUUUUUUGUACGACUUUUCGGGUGCUGGGACUCGGGGGCAGCUCGGAGCAUCCCAGGGGUUUGGGUUUUUCCUGCUUGGAGGCUGGAAUUUCGGGAAGGGGAAGGUGCUCCCGUUGCUCUGGGGGGGCUCUGUGAGCUUUGC